UAUUGUGUGGCUUUGUAGCGGACCUGUACUUCUGCAUUCUCAUGAACGCGUCGGUCAUAGUAAGCGAGCUUAGCCGGUCUUUGAAACGGCGUCAUGUUAAAACAAAGUGCCUGAAAUGGUCCCGGGUUAUAAUGUGGUGAAUCUUCGCGGGACAGGAGAUAACGGAAUGCCGCCACCCGCUGACUCACCCGUGCCCCGGUGGGAGGGGAACGCGACGGGAAAAUUGGAAAUGUCACGAUGUCAGGCUGCUGCAGUCGAUGCUGUGAUGGGUGAGUCAGGAUCGCGCCGCUCCACCCUGGUCUCCAGGCUGCCCAUAUUCCGCCGGAGCGCCAGCAAGCGGCAGGACUCGCUGCCGUCCUCGCCCUCGUCGGGCGGCGUGGGCAACGGCGUGCACACCUCCUCGCCGUCCAGCACCAACUCCAGCUCCAGCAGCACGGGAAAGAGGCGGAGCCUGUUCCGCACGCCGUCCAUCAGCUUCCACUCCAAGCGCAGCAGCGAGCCGCCGCCCGUCAGCCCCGCCCAGCCGGCGCCGGAGGCGGGCUUCCAGCGAGCGGCGGACGACGGCGGCGGGCGCUGCAAGACCCGGCACUCCUUCGGGUUCGGCGGCCACCGGCACAAGAAGAUCAGCCGGUCCCAGACGGAGGACUUCGACAAGGCGUCCACCAACCGCAACGUCUUCAUCAACUGCAUCAGCUCGGGCGCCAACGAGGGCGACGACUCGGGCUUCCUGGACGACUACAGCGGCAGCCGCCGGUCCUCCAAGCACAGGAAGCCGCUGCUGCCCAAGUCCUUCUCGUCCCACCACCGCUUCUCCAAGCACCUGGGCCACGCCCCCGACGCGGCCCCGCCCCAGGACGCGGGCGGGGACCCCCCCAAGACGGGCACGCCGGGCUCGUGCCCGGGCGAGCUGGGCGAGAGCUCGCUGCAGUCGCCCAUGCUCUCCGAGGACCGCACCACCGCCGUCACGCCGUCCGAGUUCGUGCCCGUCACCGAGGACUCCGUCUCCGAGGCGGACCUGCUCCCCGGCCUGAGCCCGGGCGCCCCCCCGCCCGACGACCUUGGCCCCCUCGACCCCGUCGACCGAGCGCCGUUCCCGCCCUUCCCCCCCCUCGCCACCGCGGACGAAUCCCCUCCCGACCCCCCUGGCGAGGCGGACCCUCGGCCCGACUCCGCCCCCCCGAGCGCGGAGCCGGCUCCGCCUCCAAAAGGGGAGGAGCCUGAAGAGGGCGGGAGGGAGAGCGAGGGCGGGGCGGGUCCGGAGCAGAGCGGGCGGGGGGGCGGCGGCGGCGGCGGCGGGUCGGACGCGGAGGAGCGGCUCGGCGAACAGACGGAGAGGAGGCACCGGAACACGGUCGUCAUACAGGAGCCGGGCAAGGGGGCGGGCUGCAUCAAACCCGAGGCGCGGCCCUGUCACCUGAGGAAGCCUCACGCAGGCUCGGUGUGCAGCAGCGUCAGCCCGUACCGCGAGGCCCUGCGUUCGGAGAGGAGGCUGCGCUCGGCGUCGGAGGGGGCGGGGGGGGGCCCGCGCCUCCACCUCAACCUGAGGGAGCCGCACUGCGUCGAGGGCCCCCCCCUGCUCAAGCACCGAGCCGACUCGUCCUCCUCCAAACUGGGGAGCCUGGAUGUUCUGAACAACCUGGGCUCCUCUGAGCUGGACGAGGACGACCUGAUGCUGGACAUGGAUCUCUCUGACGACCAGCGCCAUCGUCACGUUUCCAGAGAGGACUCCAGCCAGUCCCUGGCGUCCUGUUUGGCCCUCCUGCACUCCCCCAUAGAGCCCUCUUCUGACAAGGUCCUGGGCAGAGAACCCCGCGGAACAGAGUCCUCCCACAGGGAGGGACCCCCGCGGGAGCCCAGGCCCACCUCCCUGCUGCCGUCCGAUUGGUGCUUUCCCCGGGAGGAGGAGCUGGCGGGGCUGGACGGCCUCCCGUUCCGGCUGAUGCAGCAGGACUGCACCGCCGUCAAGACACUGCUGCUGCGGCUGCGCAGGACGCUGCAGGAGAGUACGGACACGAGCCCAGCCACCAGCCUCCACUCCCUACCCAUCAGCCCCUGCAGCGAGAAGUCCCUCCCCUUUAAGGAUCCUGGGAGAGACGAGGGCCAGUCCAUCUUCCUGCUGCUGAAGGACAAGGACGAGCUGAUCCUGAGACUGCGGAGCGAGCUGGACAAAGCCAAUUCGGCUCAGAGCGCCCCCCCCUGCCAGAAAGCGGACAAGGCCACGCAGACGGAAGUCGGGCCCCCGGAGUAACCACCAGCAUCAUGUGACGGGGGCGUCGUGCAGGACCCCUUACCGCCGAACUGCAGAUGUGAUCUUAAAUUGCCUUCCAGCGCUGCGUCUGCCUGAGAAAGACACCGCGCUUUCAGGGGUGCUUCGCGAGUGACUAACUGACGCAUUCAAAAUGGCUGACCCCUCUUCUGGAGGCUUCUCCUUCAUGGUUUGGUGCACUCUUUUUGACCACCUUGUUUCCAUAUGAACUUGAACGUCUUUGCUUUCUCGUUUUUUUUUUUUUUUUUGUGGUCACAUACAUCAGCUUCGAAUGAUCGGGGGCCUGCAGUGGUAUCGACUUGUUUAAUUUGCACCUGCAUACAGUUACAUCACUGUCAGCAAAUUUUACAUGUACUGUAGCUCCCCGUGAAGCGAACCGCACCUGUUUUAGAAUCAGACUAGUCAAACGACCUUGGAGUGACAUUGCAGCUACCGAAUACAUAACUGAAGCAUCCCUGUUAAGUUUGAAGUGUCCUGUUAUUGACAUAAGUGUGGUUGGGAUGUGUAGUCCUUUAAUGAAAUAGAUUCAUUUUCAUGUUAUGAGCAUGGUAAAUGGUAUUUUUCAUAUUUUGCCUCAUAAAUCUUACUCUUUGUUUUUGAACUUUGUUUUUAUCUUGUAUUUGCUACACCUUUGCCAAGAUAAGUAAUGUACGCUGUCAAAGAAAAAUUCACCCCAAAAUGGACAGUUUGUACUUUUACUAUCUGCAGAUGAUAAUGUAGAAGCCCCGAGCUCAGCUAAAAUUAAUGCUCCUGCUUAAUACAAAAAGUACAUGUACAUCAGUAUUCCUCCUCUCACUAACUUUUUAUUAUCUUUGC